AUGCUUUUCUCGAGUACUGCUCGUCUUCUUCGACCCUUUGCGUCCAAUCUUUCUCCUCUCUCAGCCCCUGGACUUGCGACGCUGGCUUCACAGCAUACACUCCAAGUCCUAGAGGCCCCGACCCUUUCAUUCGCUCAACAACGCGACCAUGUCGACCGAGUGUCCUCGCAGCUAGAGCGUACAGGCAUACUCAAGAUCAUUCUUGGCUUCUCCGAUACCUCAAGCUCUUAUCUCAAGCAGCUUCUUAUGAGUCUGCAUGAGCUCCAUCACCACCGCCUACCUAUAUCGCAUAGUGCUAAGCGUGGCUGGUUUUGGGAUGUUCGACCCAACGACACUACGUUCCAGGCGGGUAACCACCAAGCUCGAUCGGAAACUAUGAAUGAGUUCCCUUGGCAUACCGAUUGUAGCUAUGAGCCCGAGCUACCUCGAUACUUUGCUCUUCAAGUUCUUCAGCACGAUCGCUACGGUGGAGGAACUCUCUCUGUGAUGAACGUUGAGAAGCUCAAUGAACUUCUUUCCACAGAAAGUAAAGCUGCUCUCAUGGCACCCGAGUUCCGCAUCGAGGUCCCACCGGAAUUUAUCAAGGAUCAGGAAAGAAAGCACAUCACUGGGAGUAUCCUCAUGUCGAAUGGUCAGUCGACCAUGAUCAGAUUCAGAGAAGACAUUGUCACGCCAUUGACGUCCCGAGCAGAAGUAGCGCUGCAAGAGCUUUGUACAGCACUCAUGCAGCAGGAGGUACAAGCACACACAACCCUGCACCUCAAAUCAUCGGAUUUACCCAAGGGAUCCAUCAUUCUAAUGGACAAUCGUCGUUGGCUGCAUGCUCGGAAUGACAUCAAGGAUCCUGAGCGUCAUCUUCGCAGGGUGAGAUGGGACGCAUGUGCUUUCGAUAGUUCCAAUUAG